CAUCGGUGGUCUCGAGGGGCGGCGCUGCGCUGCUGCCUGCGAGCUGGUCCCGUGGCCAGGCGGGUAGCCAGCCUGAGGGCACGGUGCCAUGAAGCUGUACAGCCUCAGCGUCCUGUACAAAGGCUAUGCCAAAGCGGUGCUGCUCAAAGCCGCGUACGAUAUGUCCUCCUUCAGCUUCUUCCAGAGACCCAGCGUUCAGGAAUUCAUGGCCUCCACAAGUCAACUGAUUGUGGAGUGCUCCUUGAAAGGCAGCAAAGCUUCUACCAAAGAACAAGAAUAUCUGUGCCAUGUCUACAUGACAAACAACAGUCUGGCGGGAGUGGUCAUUGCUGACAGUGAAUACUCAUCCUGGGUGGCGUUUACCUUGCUGGAGAAGGUACUAGACGAAUUCUCCAAGCAGGUCGACAGGAUAGACUGGCCAGUUGGAUCCCCUGGUACCAGCCAGUACGCAGGCCUGGAUGGUCACCUCAGUAGAUACCAGAACCCCCGAGAAGCUCACCCCAUGACUAAAGUGCAGGCUGAACUAGAUGAGACCAAAAUCAUCCUGCAGAACACCACGGAAUCUCUGUUAGAGUGA